AUGACUGUUUUUGCGGUCAAGCAGUGUUACAUUAAACCUCGUCCUCUUUCAACUUCGGCUGCGGAUACUGCACAAGGGGAAGGAGAUGAGCAAGUAAAAAAAAUAUCUGUUAUAUUCGUCGACAAGGAUGGAGAAGAGACGAAAAUCAUGGUUCCCAUUGGCAUGUCCGUGUUAGAAGCUGCCCAUGAAAACGUUAUAGAACUUGAAGGAGCUUGUGAAGGAUCACUCGCGUGUUCCACGUGUCAUGUGAUUGUGAUGGAUACACACAUGUACAAUAAGUUAGAAGGUCCUACAGACGAGGAGAAGGACAUGUUGGAUCUUGCCUCUGGGUUAACCGAAACGUCACGUCUUGGAUGUCAAGUGAUUGCACGGCCUGAACUUGAUGGUAUUCGCUUAGCAUUACCGGCUGCAACCCGGAAUUUUGUCGUUGACGGGCACGUACCAAAACCACACUAA